AUCCCCCACUAUUAUUUCUUUCAAUUUUAUAAAUAUUUAUAUACACACAUAUACAUACAUAUAUAAUGCAAUACUCUCGUGUGUCGCCACUCGCUUUUAAACUAGCUCGCCUUUCAAAUGUGUCUGCAUUGCGUCAUGUUUCUCAAGUUAGAAAUUUACACAUUCAGGUUCCUGCAGCUUUAUAUACUGAUUCAAGGAAAUCCAAUAUACUUCAAAAAGGUCUUUUCAUGAAUCAAAUUAGAACUUAUGCUGAUAAAGUCGUUAAAGUUCCUCAAAUGGCGGAGUCUAUCUCUGAAGGCACUCUUAAGCAAUGGGUUAAGCAGGUUGGUGAUUUUGUUAAACAAGAUGAAGAAGUAGCUACUAUUGAAACUGAUAAAAUUGAUGUUACUGUCAAUUCUCCUGCAUCAGGAACCAUUGUUGAAGUAUAUGCACAAGAAGAAGACACUGUUGCUGUUGGUGCUGAUUUCUUUAAAUUAGAAAUUGGUGAAGCACCUAAAGAAGGUGCUGCCCCUACCAAAAAGGAAAGAGUAUCAAAACCUAUAGAACAAGAAUCCAAGAAGGAAGAACCCAAGAUAGAAGAGCCAAAGAAGGAAGAGCCAAAGAAGGCAGAGCCAAAGAAACAAGAAGCACCUGCUACUCCUAAGCCUGCCGCCUCUUCCUCAUCUACCUCUGUCUCAAAUGAAAAGAUAUAUGGUAAUCGUAACGAAACACGUGUCAAAAUGAAUCGUAUGCGUCUUCGAAUUGCAGAACGUUUAAAGCAAUCUCAAGAUACCGCUGCUUCAUUAACUACCUUUAACGAAAUUGAUAUGACGAACUUGAUGAAUUUACGAUCCGAGUAUAAGGACGCAGUUAUCAAGAAGCAUGGCGUAAAAUUGGGUUUCAUGUCUGCCUUUGUUAAAGCUGCCGCUGUUGCAUUGGAAGAAAUUCCUGCUGUGAAUGCAUCUAUUGAUGGCAAUGAAAUUGUAUACCAUGACUAUGUUGAUAUGAGUGUUGCUGUCUCAACACCUAAGGGUCUUGUCACGCCUGUCUUGAGAAAUGUGGAGGACAUGGGAUUUGUUGAUAUUGAAAAGACAAUUGCUGAACUUGGUAAAAAGGCCCGUGAUAAUAAAAUUACUAUUGAAGAUAUGGCGGGUGGCACAUUCACGAUUUCUAACGGUGGUGUCUUUGGAUCACUAAUGGGUACACCUAUUAUUAACUUGCCUCAAACUGCAAUCUUGGGUAUGCAUUCUAUUAAAGAAAGACCUAUUGCUAUUAAUGGAAAGGUUGAAAUCCGUCCUAUGAUGUAUGUUGCCCUUACUUAUGACCAUAGACUUGUUGAUGGUCGUGAAGCUGUUACAUUCUUGGUUAGAAUCAAGGAACUUGUUGAAGAUCCUAGAAGACUUCUUUUAGGUGUUUAAAAAAAAAUUGUAUACAUACAAAAAACAAAACAAAACAAAAAUAAAAAUUUAUUUAUAAUACAUUCCCAUUUAAAAAAAAAAAAGAAAAA